AAUCACAACUUCCUGUUCCGUCAGUUGACGGAUCGACAUAUACUCUUGACUAGAUCUCUCUAUAAUAAAGGUCUAGAUUCUAGAAUAGAAUCUUAGAAUAUAAAAACUAUCAUUAUAGACUAGAUCUAAUGGCAGGCCUCCGACAAACACCACUGACUUGCAGUGGCCACACACGCCCUGUUGUUGAUUUAUCCUUUAGUGACAUAACACCUUUUGGAUAUUUUUUAAUAAGUGCUUGCAAAGAUGGAAAACCUAUGCUACGCCAAGGAGACACUGGUGAUUGGAUUGGAACUUUUGAAGGACACAAAGGUGCUGUUUGGGGUGCUACAUUGAACAGAGAAGCAACAAGAGCUGCAACUGGAGCAGCAGACUUUACAGCAAAAGUUUGGGAUGCAGAAAAAGGGGAAGAGCUUCAAAGUUUUUCCCACAAACACAUAGUUAAAAGUGUUGACUUCUCAGCUGACAGCCGCUAUUUGUUGACUGGCAGCAAUGAAAAACUGUUAAAAAUUUUUGAUUUAGAAAAGCCAGAAGCAGAUCCGAAAGUCUUUAAUGGCCAUUCAUCUAAUAUAAAAGCUGUUCAUUUCAACAAAGAGUGCACUAAAGUUUUGAGUACCAGUGAUGAUAAAACACUAAGAGUUUGGGAUGUAAAUACUUGUCAAGAGAUUCAUAAAAUAGAAGUAUCAUCACCCCCUGGAAGUCUAGAAUUAACAUCUGAUGGCACAAUUUUUACUGUGGCAUAUGGACAUUUUACUGCUUUCUACAAUGCAGAGACUUAUGAAAAAAUCAAAGAGAUCAAAGCUCCUGCACCAAUAAACACAGCUUCAUUACAUCCAUCCAAAAAUUUUUUUGUGUGUGGUGGUGAAGACUUUAAGAUGUAUAAGUUUGACUACUUUACUGGAGCCGAAAUAGAGUCUUUUAAAGGACAUUUUGGACCAGUUCAUUGUGUUCGAUUUUCUCCUGAUGGUGAAUUGUAUGCAAGUGGAAGUGAAGAUGGAACUCUUCGGCUGUGGCAGACCACUGUAGGGACCACAUAUGGUCUGUGGAAAUGUGUGGCACCAGAUAUUGACUGUGGUGAUUCAACACCUUCAACUCCCACCUCUUCAACUCUAGUCAAAGUGGAAUCAUGAUGUUUAGUUCUGACAAGUAUAUUAUCUUGUGUUCAGCUUUUUAUUCAGCAAAAAAGUAAAUGAUUAUGUUCCAGGAGUUUUUCUGAAAUAAAAAGAUUUUGUUGACCAUAAUGCUGUAUAUAUUUUGACAAGUUUGAAAAGUUUAAAAUUAGUAAUUGUUAAUAGAGGCUUGUGGGAUAACUAAACUGUAGAAAACGUUCAGUAUAAUGUAUUGUUUUUUUUUGUCAAGUCACAUUACAUAUGUAGUUAAAAAGGACAUAAAACAUGAACUUAUCAUCUAUCUACCAUCAAGAUGGAAUACAUUUUUUUAACACAGCAUCAUUAAUUUGAUAAUUAUAAAAAAACUGAUUGUGAAUUAACUUCAGAGUACCUAAAUUUUUUUUGUCUUUAUUAACAAUAUCAUUAAGAUGAUACAUUUAAAACUGCUUUAUAUUUUUUUGCAUUUUGACAACAAAUAAAAACAUUAAUAAUGCUGGAUAUAUUUCUAUGUAUAGAUUGAUUUUUCGUAUUUGCUCCUAGUCGGCAGAUUCACUUUCUAAUUGUUUCUUCUUUGGAGCUUCAUGUAUUAUUAGAUAUAUAAUUUACUUUUUCAAGGCUUCACAGACAGACACAUUCAGCUGUAAAUUUGGCUUUAGCUACAAAAAGAUUAACACAACCAGAACAAAAUAAUUAGGAAAACUCAUUUAAAUAUUCUUAAAAUUUAUAUUGUCAAACAAAAUAAAUGGUGGCUCGAUUUACAUGAUUAAUUAUGAUUUUAUCUUCUUAAGAAGUAAUUAUCAUAUUUAACCAGGGAAAAGAUAUCAAAGGAAUAGAUGAUCAAGAUAAAUGUUGCAAAAAUAAAUUUUCUUUGAUCAAUUAAUGAGCCAAAAAUUAAACUUCACAGAAAAUUAGUAAAUAUUUGUAAAUAUUACAUUGGCCCAUGUGGCAACUUCAUUUGCAGCUAUUUAGUUUCUGUUGGUAGCUUGCGGCUUUGAUUUUCUAAUGUUUUUUAUUAUAAAACUUCAUAUUUGAAUUGGGUAGUGUUUUUCUAAAUUAAAUGUUUUAUUAUAAAGAACUGUCUGAAUUUUUAUCCUUCAAUGAUUUUUUUGUUUACUACCAGGUAUUUUGAUUUUUUUUAUUUUGGAAAUCUGGAUUUUAUAAAAAAACAAAACAAACAACAACCAAAAAAAACAAGAAUCUUUUCAUUGUAGCCCUUAAUGUCAGCAUAGCUAUUAUGUCAUCUAAUACUAUUUACAAAUUUGCGUUCAUGAAUCAGAGGACUUUAUUCUUAAAUAUGCCAGUCCUUGAGAGGCGUAAUUAAAAAAAAGGGAAAUCUGAAAAGAGACAUGUCAUUUUGUGUUACAUUUGGUUUGUGUUUAUGUUAAUUUGCAGUGGUAGAUUUAGCAAAUUCUUUGUCCUCACAUAAACACAACAAAACUGAAGUAAAGAAAAGAAUACCAAAGAAAUACUUAUAUUGAUAUAUCUUUAUUAUCUUUGAGGAAAUUUGUCAUACAAUUGUGCAUUUGACAUUAUAAAGUAUUUUAUUGCAAACAAAUAUAUGUUUAUACCACUAUUUCACUCAAACAUCACAUGCAAAUUUUACAUCACAAAGUUGCUUAUAUUCAAGGACUUCAUUGUUAAGUCAACAAAAGAGUGUUUUAUUUAUUUAUUUAUUUUUAAUGUGAUCAGUGUCUUUUAUCUUCUCUGUGAUGGUUUAAUUUUAAAAUGGUGACCUAGUGUUUUGUUUUUUAAUUGUUUCAAAUCUUUUGAGCUUUCUUAAGAUCAUUUUUCUUGAAUAGUUGUCUAAGGGGUUUUUGUUUGUUGCUUAUAAUUUUACUAAAAGCAUUUAAGAUUUUAUUAAGACUGUCAAAUCAAUUAUGUUUCAACAUAUAAAAUGCAUCAUAAUGGUGAUGUUAUGGCCUCUUUGGGAAGUCACUGUGUUAAGUACAUUAGAGGUUGAGCUAUUUACCCUCUGAGGUCUUUGUGUCCAUAUUUCAGUGAGUUAAUGCUUUAACUUUUUUUCAUAUGAACUUGAAAGCUUCAAAAAAGCUGAUGAAACAUCAAUGAAAAACAAUCAUAAGUGUUGGUUGAGUCUAGAGGUCUGUAGACAGAAUUGAAAAUAUUGUAAUAACUUAAGGGAGGCAACUCAACGAGGACACAUACAUAAACCAACGUGUGCCUUGAAAACAGCAUCUUCAUGAGCUCUAGACUUGGGCGGAAAUUUUUCUCUUUCUUUCUAAUGUCAGUAUCCUUCUUUGUCUAGUCACUAAUAGUGCGCAUCUUCUGCGCUAUCUUGGAUGGCUGUGUGCAUGGCAAGGUUAUACCAUUGCCCCCUUCUUAGCACUUUUCAUCUCCAAAAGAAACAGUGUAAUAGAGUUUUAAUAGCUCAGGUGGAGGUUGAUUGGUGGUAUCAUUAUAAUUAUGGAUGACUUCCACAUGGAUUGUAUUUCUUGGUUGAUUAAUGACUCUCUUUUAAUACUUGCUUUUUUGUUCUAUUAGGCCCUAAAGCUUUCAUUGGGUUUACGUUUUGAAAAUAUCCUCAUGUUGAAAUAUGUGCACUUAAAAUAAAUCAAUCCUGUAUAAUUAUAACUUUGAAUCAAAAUAAUGAAUUCUUAGGAAAUGUAAUAACUAACUCAAACCAGCAACAUCAGGCAUGUCAAACUCAUUAAGGUAUAUGGGCCACAUAGAAAACUUACUAUAACUUGAAGGGCCGCAGCCAAAAAUCAGUUGAAAAACAUAACCUAAUAAUGAUUCCAGUUGUAGAACAUAGUUACGUACCAAAUGUUGCAGCCGUAUUUAAUCUUUUAGUCCCUAACACGUUGAGAAGUGAACAAGGUUUUCUCUUUAUAUUUGGUUUAUCCACAGUCGUAACUUUUCUUAAAGUCACUUCAUAUCAUCAUACACAGUUGCGAAAAAUUUGGUCUUUACCUUGAAGUUUAAGUCAGGUGACAAGUGAGAUCGACUGCAAAUGACAAAUCCUGAACCCAUUCGUCAGUUUGUCCUCACGCGGUGCAAACAACCUCUUCGAUACUUUAUGACAGGAGAGCCAGCGGCCACAAUCAAAUUCGUGUCCAAAGUUAUCCAGAAACAUUGAAAAUUGGCGUUAAUUUAAGCCACGAGCAUUAAUAAAAUUGAUAGCGAUUAAUAAUAAUUACAAAGUUAACUAAACCUAAAAGAGUACUUGAAAGAUUCGAAGUUAAUAAAUAAAUGAAAUAACCACAUCUAAUAUAAAUUUUCGAAAAAUUACGUUUCCAAAAAUCUGAUCAUUUAAGAAUACUUCAUAAGUUCAACGAAGUUGAUUGUUACGUUUUAUUUAUUUACUAGCCUGACAUUACCCGCGUCCUGCAGGUCUUAGUUUGUGUUUACUAAUCUAGUGGAUUGGAUUUAGAUGUAUGUUAAACUUAGCUAAUGAUCCUUUCAAGAUAUUCUCUUUCGCUACGAAAAUAACAUUAGUUUUGCGAAAAUGGGUUUACCCGAGGCCGAAACAUUCAUAUCUAUUAAAAACGAAAGUUGCGAUAGAUGCAUAGGAUAUAAAGUACGGGGUUACCCUAUUUGUUAAAUGAAUGGGAUUAUAAGUAAGUCAGGAUGUUCUGAAUUCGCAGAUAUAUGGAACGAAUUUAUGUAAAAAUGCUUUUGAAACACAAAUUUGAAGGUUAAUUUUAUUAAAUAAUGAAAUCAAUAGACUAUAUUUUGUAUUUUCAUAUGUCAAAGUAAAAAACUAUAUGUGCAAAGUGUACUUCUUAAAAGUAGAUCAAGAUAUAAAUCCUUUCGAUCUUUUCUCAUGUCAACAUUGUAAACAAAGCCUAGAUCCAUAAAAUACUAUAGCUUUGAUAGAGUCGGUCAACUUUUUUUUUUCAGGGUCUUCAGUUUGUUUUAGGGCAUUGCGGUCUAAGUUAGUACAUAAGGAAAAUUUUUCAUUUAUUAUAACACCUAGGUAUUUUGCGUUUUUAGUCUGUGUUACUGGUUUGCCAUGAAUAAGAUAAGUGGAAUUAAUUUGAUUUAGUUUUUUGUUACUCUAGACAACUGACAUUUUUCUGGGUGGAAAGACAUGCUCCAAUUUGAUUAUAUAAGAUAACUUCUGCCAAGUUUUAUCAAGAAUGGUGAAGCAGUUUUUAUUUCUAUUCGUAACAUACAUACAUACCCUUACUUUCUACUUUAUAGUAUAUUAAAUAGUAAAUAUGCAGUAAAGUGUGCAGUGCAGUAAAUAUUUUACAUGAAAAUGAGUGGUGAAUUAAAAUCUUAAUAAUUUAACAUUAUUUUGAUAAUUCUUGAGGUGGUCAAGCGGGCCGUAUGCGGCUAGCUAACGUAUCUUAUAUAAUACAGAAGUUACUUCAAAAAAGAAGAUUAUUACGUCCUACGCGUCAUGUAUGUAGUCAUGCAUAUUAACCAAUGACUUAAAUUCUGCCAAGUCACUGGUUUUCCUGGCUAGCUCAGGCAACCCAUUCCAUGCUCUAAUAGCACUAGGGAAGAAGGAGUAUUUGUACAAAGUUGUCCUAGCAUAUGGGACGAGGAAUGUGCCUUUAUCUUUGUGUCUUUCAGAGUAUUUUAUUAAAUUUUGUUUUUGUAUUUGAA